AUGUCUAACAAGGUCAAGAUCACCACCUUUUUCGCCGACGCCGCCCUCUUCGACAUGGAUGGCACACUCACCGACUCCAUUGCCGCCGUCGAGGCCGCAUGGGGCAAGGUCGCCCUUGACAUCGGCGAGGACCCCGCGCACGUCAUCGCCGCGACCCACGGCAAGCGCGCCGUAGACAACCUCGCCCAGUUCAAGGCGCACAUCAAGGCGCACGAGAUGGACGCCGAGGUGCAAGCGUUCGAGGAGUCCAUCCUCUUCUUCGCCGACGCGUUCAACAAGCAUGGUCCCGGCUCACGCGAGGUCUCGCCGAUCUCCUCUGGGGUCGCGACACCCGCGCUGGCGUCCUCGGACUCGGGCUCCAGCUCCGAGGCGUCAUCUCGCUCGUCUUCCUUUGCCGGUACGGUGGCGCCUCGCCCGUCGUUUGUGCGUCACGUUACGGACCGUCUUGCCGAGAUUGUCGUGGAGGGAGCGAUCGAUGAUGAGGUGUUCGUAGAGGAUGGGGAAGCGAAGGACUGGAGGGCCGCACUCGCGGAGAAGCACAAGUUCGAGGCGUGGCAGAUCGAAGCCGCUGCCGUCGAUCGCUCCGUACGUAUCCUCCCCGGUGUCAAGCGGCUCAUGGACUCGAUUCCAAAGGGCCGUUAUGCCGUCGCGACGUCUGGCGCAAGAACCUAUGCCUACGGCUGCAUGACGCGCGUCGGCAUCAUACCUCCCGAGGUGACCAUCACCGCCUGCGACAAGCGUCUGAAGGCUGGCAAGCCCGCGCCGGAUCCGUUCCUGCUCGCUGCCAAGGAGCUCGGGUUCAGCGCAAGGCAGUGUGUGGUCUUCGAGGACUCGCCCUCGGGAAUACGUGCGGGGGCCGCGUCUGGGGCGAUCGUCAUCGCUGUGUGCACGAGCCACGAGAGGUCGAAGAUCGAGAAUUGCGGGGCGCACUUCAUCGUGGACACGUUGGAGCAGGUCCGAGUAGUGUUCGAUGGGAUCGAUCUGAGGUUAACUGUGACGGAGAGGAAGCCUCUGUGA